AGUUGUUGAUUUCCACCCAAGUACCAAACACCCCCAUUCUCUGAUUUUUUUCCUGCCUGCCAAACAGACAUAUCCCAUGACCAUGAAGAGGAUGAGAGAUGGAGAGCACGAGAGCGUCAGCAUAGCCAACUGCUUGAUGCUGCUCUCACGGGGAACCGACUACGACUCCAUCGCUAGAGUCCCCAGUCGAGUCUUCGAGUGCAAGACCUGUAACCGGCAGUUCCCGUCGUUCCAGGCGCUGGGCGGCCACCGGGCCAGCCACAAGAAGCCAAGACUGAUGGCCCUGAACGGCGACGACCCGGCGCAGUUGCAGAGCUCGCCGUUGAAGCCCAAGACCCACGAAUGCUCCAUCUGCGGCCUGGAGUUCGCGAUAGGGCAAGCCCUGGGAGGCCACAUGAGAAGGCACAGAGCCGCAGCAUCCGGUGCUACCCAGGCCCUGAGCGAAACGACGUCGUCGUCUUCCCCACCACCUCCUCAAGCGCCCGUUCUGAAGAAACCCAACAGCGGGAGAUUUUUGUGUUUAGAUCUGAACUUGACUCCUCUGGAGAAUAUCGAUUUGCAGUUUCAGCUUGGGAAGGUGGCUUCCAUGGUUGAUUGUUUCCCUUAAUCCACCCUCCACCACCCCCUUCCCCAAGCUUGCCGUGUAAACUGAUCCCUUUUUUCUGUUUCAUUUUUCAAAAAAAAAGGAUCGAAAAUCUUGUAUUUAGAAAGAAUAUUUGUUCAUUUUAUUUGCAACAGUUAAUAACAUCAAAUCCCAUGAUCAUAACCUCCUGCUCCGGAGUUGAUGGGUUGUGGCGAGGAAA